AUGAGGGGAAUCAUCAGCACCAAGCCCCCAAACCUCAAGGGCACUGAUCGGAGCCAACAGGAAAUGAGUCAAAUCCCUGAUGUGGAUGAAUGCCAGGAUAAAAAUGCGUGCGGAGUGAACACGACCUGUCGUAACUCUGCUGGGUCUUUUUACUGCGUCUGCAAAGCUGGAUAUCACCAGAAGCAGGGAGACACUCAGCUGGCCUGUACAGUGGAUCCACUUUCCUGUCCUGUCUCUGAGAAGCAGAACUCUACGCUGUCGCAGUGCAACUUGGAUUAUUCAGCAAACGCCAAGCAGAUUGCCCAGUUAAACUCUGCAAAAGAUGUGCUGAAGUUAGCUGAUUGCUACCGUGAUAAAAUCUGUCAGAGUUUCAGUGGAACAAAAGAUACCACGCCCAUGACAACAUUUGUAAACAAUGUUCUUAAUACUUCUUGGCUGGAGAGCAUGAAGACCACUCAAAGACUGACAGUGGCAGCAGCCACAGUGGACCUCUUGGAGAACAUGGCAAUGGCGAUUGCUCUGAAACUAUCCAGUUCAAAGGCAGAGACCAUAGAAACAGACUCUUUCGUUCUUAAGGUCAAGGUGCCUGAAAGGAACAGUGCGAGUGCAGACCAACUGGUGAAAUUGGACACUCAGAAUAAUUCCUUCGAGAUUUACUGGAGAACCAUUGCUGGAGAAAAUAACACUGAGUUUCAGGCCGUUUCCUUAAUUGUAUUCAAAGACUUGGAAUCCCUGCUGAACCAAGAGAUUAAAGGCGGCCGUCCAUCUCAGAACCAAGUCUCAUUAAACUCCAAGGUGAUAGCCGCCACCAUCAGCAACAAGGCCAUCAGCUCUAGUCGGAAGGAAAAGUUCAAUUUGACUCUGAAACUCAACCAGGUUUGUAGAUACAAUCUGUGA